GGUAACACAUUUUUUCAACCGACGUUCCACUGUUUUGAUUUGUACGUUAGGCACGAUGGACGUUUUAGAUUUAGAAGAAUUGUGGAAAAAAAGUCCAUUCUUUGAUUAUUGUGCACCAAUAAACAAAGAUGAUUAUGAAUUCACGUGCACCAGACUUAUAGAAAGAAUUGAAAAAAUUCUUAUAAACGUUCAAUUGGAGGAAUUGAAUAUUGAAAAUAUCCACAACGAAUUAUGCGAGGAACUGAAGGAAUUCAAUGAAAUUUCGAACGAAUUGACUAAUAAAAUUGAAUCACUUAUCAGUUUAUCAAAUACUCAUUUUUGCGUUAAUAAUGAUUUAAAGGAUUUUGUGGAAAAUAUUUCUUCACGAUGGAAUCAACUAAAGAAAGAGGAAAACUUGAAUUACUAUCGAAUUCGAAUAUCUUCCCGAACAGUUUUGAAGAAAAUUCGAAUUGAUGCUGAUGAAAUUAAAAUGUUGUUACAAUUUUCAAUAUGCCAGUGUAAUCAACAAUGUAUUGAGAAAGGUUAUUAUAUUUGGAAAGAAAUUUAUCAAUUGGUAGACAACAUUGCAAUCUUUGAUCAGAAGGUUCAGUCAAUGAUGCCAAUCCGCGAAUUAACACCGCAUGUAAAUAAUUUCAUUUCAUCGAUAAACAAUUUCGUUAACAGCAAUGAAUUUAUUCCAUACAAUUCAAAAAGCGACGAACUCUCAGUAUUCCCUUAUGUUUCACAAUUAUUAACAGGCGAACUUCUUGGCUAUAAGCCAAUAGAACCUGAAUUUGUUUUAAAAACAAAUAAACCAAAGAGACCAAUUUUUAUCACCAAAGUAAUUAAAAAAAAAUUAACAGUCCUCUAAAUUAUUUAUGAUUAUUAAAUAAAUAAAUGUUAUUUAUUUACUAGACUUGAGAAAAAAAGAAUUUAAUUUAAAGUGUUUAAAGUACAUUGUCUACGUUUUCUAUGUUCAGUGAAGAUAUUGUAUUUUGUAAAGUUUAUGUAGUUUGUGUACAGAAAAAUAAAUUAGUAUUUUUGAAAAAUAA